UCUCUUCGCUCUUAGCCACUGCCAUCAAGAAGUUCAUUUCAGUGCUUGAUCGAACUAGAAUCGGUCACACUCGGUUUCGAAGAGGUCCGGUGACAAACCCACCUCAAAAUCAACAACAACAGAAAAUUAUCACCGCAGUAUCGAAGCCGAUUGGUGAAGGUACCGCCAACCACCAUCAAGCGGCGGAAGAGAAGGCAAAAAUCUCUGGUUGUCUGACACCGAUUCAACGUCUCCCUCCUCUUCCUCACACUCACCCCAACCGCCAAACCCAG